AUGUUUUCACACAAUGCGGGUCGGUACACUUCACGAGAGGGCUCGUACUACGUUCCGCUACAAGAAUUAGGACCCAAUGAAGUGAUAGGCGACGAAGAUGACUUCAAAGAUGGGCACAUUGCUGUAUCAAGCGAAGUAGUAGAUACCGCUGCCCAACUUAUCUCCGGAAUCACGGACACACUGGACCCCAUAGAGGCUGAUCGAGUGCGAGAGAAGAUUGAUUGGCAUAUUCUGCCUCUCAUGUGCACACUGUACUGGAUACAGUUCAUGGACAAAACCACCCUCGGAAGUGCUGCAAUCCUUGGUAUUAGGUUUGUACAACUGGUGAGCUAUGGAAUUGUCUGUAUGUUCACAUUCUCAUGCUACCACAGGCUCGGAACAGUCUUCUACAUCAGUUACCUCGUCUUCGAGUAUCCUCAGAAUAUGGCAUUGCAACGCUUUCCUGUGGGAAAAUGGAUGAGCAUUAACAUCUUCAUAUGGGGAGCUGCCUUGACCGCGCAUGCUGCGUGCAAGAACUUUUCCCAAUUAUUCGCUGCUCGCUUUAUACUCGGCAUGUGUGAGGGAUCUAUCACAGCAGGCUUCAUGAUCGUCAGCUCUAUGUUCUAUACCCAUAACGAGCAGACACUGCGAGUUGGAUAUUGGUUUCUUAUGAAUGGGACCGCGCAGAUCAUAUCUGGUUUCAUUAGCUUCGGAACUCUACAUAUCAGAACCGAGGGCUUUGAACCGUGGCAAUGGCUCAUGACAAUCACCGGCAUUAUGACAUUCAUCACCGCCGUAGCCUAUUGGCUCUAUUUCCCCGACUCGCCCACGAAUGCAUGGUUCUUGACCAAUGAAGAACGCGUGGUGGCUAUACAACGCCUGAAGGGGAACCAGACUGGCGUGGAGAACAAGCAUUUCAAGGUGGAACAAGUCCACGAGGCGCUGCGUGACCCCAAGACGUGGCUCUUCGCCCUCUUCUCCGCACUCAAUAAUGUCCCAAAUAGCCUCACGAACCAAGGGCAGAUGAUUGUGGCCUCUUUCGGCUUCACCUACCUGCAAACAACGCUCCUCGGCUGUGUCGAUGGCAUCAUUGAAAUCGUCACUAUUUGGACGGGCGUGCGGCUCGCCGUACGACUGGAAAACGCCCGCGCGUACGUCGGCGCGGUGUAUUUCAUUCUGAACCUAGUCGGCGUGCUCCUCAUCAACGUGCUGCCGUGGAGCAACCGGUUUGGACUGCUAUGCGCGCAGUGGCUAACCGGCGUUGGCACGACGGGGUUCGUGCUCUCGCUCUCUUGGCUGUCGAACGUCACGGCAGGACACACAAAGCGAAUUACUGUGAACGCCAUCAUGCUCAUCGCCUACUGCCUCGGCAACGCCCUGGGACCGUUCAUGUGGCAAGAGAAGUACAAGCCACGAAACCACGUCCCAUGGACAAUUAUCGGCUUCUGCUACCUUGCCUGCCCGCUUCUCCUCCUGAUCAUCCGAGUUCGCCUCGCAUCCGAGAACGUGCGACGCGAUGCCGAGCCGCCCGACGACACGUAUAACGAUAUGUACAUAACGGACCCUGGCGAGAAUGGGAUGCCUUUGGAGCGGAAGUUAGAUAAGGAAUUCCUAGACUUGACGGACAUUCAGAACCGUGAUUUUCGAUAUAUCCUUUGA